AUAAUGAGAGAGACAAGGGGAAAGGGAGUCGUUGAUAAGGCAAAAUACUCACACAUUUGCCAUUGGUAUAUACAUUUCCAUAUCCCUAUAAAUACAUGAUAUUAUGGUAACGAGGGAUUCAUAGAGUGAGAGUGAUAAGGGAGAUGUAGAGGUGUUGAUACAAAGCACAAUGAGCAAGUGGAUACCAGCACCGGAGCUUACUAUUACAGGGAUAAAGGACCAAGAAAGUUGGAUAUUGACUCAUCCUCCAGAUUGUACAAGCAUUGUGGUGGCUGAGCUCCGACAUGCGACCUUGCUGAGUAUUAUUGGGAAGAUAGAUGUAAAAAACUUGGUUAAAAAAACACGUUAUAAUGCCUAUCUUGUGUUCAUGCUCAAAGAAGGGUCGAAGGGGCUCGAGCAAGCCAAAGCAACCGUUAGGUAUGUUGGGGACAUAGUUGCUGGAACAUAUAAUCGGGGUGCCACUAUAUUCCUUGUCGAUAAAAAAGAAGCUGAUGAUUUUGGACAGGUUCCACAACCUCUAAAAUAUGGGUGGAAGGAGAUUAAACUUGGAGAUUUCACCUAUGAAGAGGGAGAUGAAGGUAUGGUAAGAAUGCGACUCUUUGAGAAGAACAAACUCAAUCCGAAGUCUGGUCUUAUUGUGAAAGGAAUUGAAGUUCGUCCGAUUGAAUAGAACAAAUAUUUGUCCUAAUAUUAUGCUCUACUAUUAUAAAUAAACCUGACAAGUGUCUAAUUAAAGUGCUAUUUCAUAUGUGUUUUUCCAUGGUUUUCCUGUGGAUAAAAGACUUGUUUGGGUCUGAACUAAUAUGAUAUUUUAUAUUAAGUCAUCGAUCUUUUGCAUUCUCUUUUAGAGUUUUGGGUACCCAUUAUGGGGACAUUUUUAAUCUACCGAUUUUCAAUGUU